AUGCUAAAUAAUACGUUACUUUCAUCUGUAACUGUCAAACUACCACCUUCAAUUUUCCCCAAUUGUGGUAAAAUUGCGUUUUUAAGACCACGAAAUGUCCAAUUCCGUUUACGCAUUUAUCAUACACUAAAGCCAUUCAAUAUCGCAUGCAAGAAAGGUACCCCAAAUUUAAGUUAUAGAUAUUUGCAUAUAGAUAGAAAAAAUGUAGCGCAUAAUUCAAAAAAAACUAUAAGCUACUUAAAUAUACCGAACCUAUUGACUGUAUCUCGUAUUGUCUGUGCACCUCUUAUUGGAUACAAUCUAAUACAUGAACAAUUAGUCUCUGCAUUAUAUCUAUUUUGCUAUUCAUGUGUUACGGAUUUAUUAGAUGGUCAACUGGCAAGAAAAUUUAAUUUACAGACUCCAUUAGGUUCAGUUCUUGAUCCAGCUGCUGAUAAACUGUUGAUGCUGGUUACAACUAUUGCAUUGACAAUACCAUCUGGACCUUGUUUGAUCCCACUUCCUAUAGCUACAGUUAUCUUAGGUAGAGAUUUGGUUUUAGCUGGUAAUUCUUUCUAUCAUAGAUAUAAAUCAAUGCAACGAGCCUAUGCAGGGGGGUUUUCAACUAAACAAUUUUUCGAUAUUUUUUCAUAUCCAUCAAUAGUAGUUCAGCCGACCACUAUAUCUAAAUGGAAUACUUUUUUUCAAAUGAUAUAUUUAGGUACUGGGAUUGUUAUCUUGACUUUACAAUAUUCCUUGGGUAAAGACGACGAAGAAGAUGAAAGCAAGCCAAACAAUAAGAAAAAGUUGCUUCAAUGGGCACAUAACUUUAUGUACAUUGGUGGUUAUGCCAUUAUUGUGACAGGCUUAUGGAGCGGUGCAUCUUAUUUCGUAGGAAUAAAGAAUACUAUGAAGUAUCUAAAAUAG